GCCGCCGCUGCCGCGCGCUGCCCCGUGCGCUCCGGCACCUUCGGCAAUUUCCGUCGGGCCCCGGCCGCCAUUUUCUCGCCGCUUGUGUGUCUCGCUGGCUGCGUGGCUCGGUUCCUGUGAGCGAAGCUUUGUCCGGUUCGGCAAUGGACGGAAUUGUCACUGAGGUUGCAGUUGGCGUGAAGAGAGGAUCUGACGAACUACUCUCAGGCAGUGUUCUCAGUAGUCCAAACUCUAAUAUGAGCAGCAUGGUGGUUACAGCCAAUGGUAAUGAUAGCAAGAAAUUUAAAGGAGAAGAUAAAAUGGAUGGUGCUCCUUCUCGUGUACUUCAUAUUCGAAAAUUACCUGGUGAAGUGACAGAAACAGAAGUUAUUGCUUUAGGCUUACCUUUUGGUAAGGUGACCAACAUCCUUAUGCUGAAAGGAAAAAAUCAGGCAUUUUUGGAACUAGCAACAGAGGAAGCAGCUAUUACUAUGGUUAAUUACUAUUCUGCUGUGACACCUCAUCUCCGUAACCAACCAAUUUAUAUCCAGUACUCCAAUCACAAAGAACUAAAAACAGAUAAUACGUUAAACCAACGUGCUCAAGCAGUUCUUCAAGCUGUGACAGCUGUCCAGACAGCAAAUACUCCUCUUAGUGGCACCACAGUUAGUGAGAGUGCAGUGACUCCAGCCCAGAGUCCAGUGCUUAGAAUAAUUAUUGACAAUAUGUACUACCCUGUAACACUUGAUGUUCUUCACCAAAUAUUUUCUAAGUUUGGUGCUGUAUUGAAGAUAAUCACAUUUACAAAAAAUAACCAGUUUCAAGCUCUUCUCCAGUAUGGUGAUCCAGUAAAUGCUCAACAAGCAAAACUAGCCCUAGAUGGUCAGAAUAUUUAUAAUGCUUGCUGUACCCUAAGGAUUGAUUUUUCCAAACUUGUGAAUUUGAAUGUAAAAUACAACAAUGAUAAAAGUAGGGAUUAUACUCGACCUGAUCUUCCAUCUGGGGAUGGACAACCUGCAUUGGACCCAGCUAUUGCUGCAGCAUUUGCCAAGGAGACCUCCCUCUUAGGGCUUCCUGUUGCAGCUGUUCCAGGAGCUCUGAGUCCUUUGGCUAUUCCAAAUGCUGCUGCAGCAGCUGCUGCAGCUGCUGCUGGCCGAGUGGGUAUGCCUGGAGUCUCAGCUGGUGGCAAUACAGUCCUGUUGGUUAGCAAUUUAAAUGAAGAGAUGGUUACGCCCCAAAGUCUGUUUACCCUCUUCGGUGUUUAUGGAGAUGUGCAGCGUGUGAAGAUUUUGUACAAUAAGAAAGACAGUGCUCUGAUACAGAUGGCUGAUGGAAACCAAUCACAACUUGCCAUGAACCAUCUUAAUGGACAGAAAAUGUAUGGUAAAAUUAUUCGUGUUACUCUGUCUAAACAUCAGACGGUACAACUACCUCGAGAGGGACUUGAUGAUCAAGGGCUAACAAAGGAUUUUGGUAAUUCCCCAUUGCAUCGUUUUAAGAAACCUGGAUCCAAAAAUUUUCAGAACAUUUUUCCUCCUUCUGCAACCCUUCACCUAUCCAAUAUCCCUCCUUCGGUAGCAGAAGAGGAUCUACGAACACUGUUUGCUAACACUGGGGGCACUGUGAAAGCAUUUAAGUUUUUUCAAAGAGAUCACAAAAUGGCUCUUCUUCAGAUGGCAACAGUGGAAGAAGCUAUCCAGGCCUUGAUUGAUCUUCAUAAUUACAACCUUGGUGAAAACCAUCAUCUGAGAGUGUCUUUCUCCAAGUCAACAAUUUAAAAAGGGGGAGGUGAAGAUUGAGGGUGUAUCACAUUGUUUGGUGUCAUCACCUAUUGACUGUUCAGAAAAGUGGGGACCAGAGUUUGAUUUUUUUGUUGUUGUUGUUGUUUCCUUUUUUUUUCCAUGCUGUUAUCAUUCCUUGGUUAUAAAAUGAAAUGGCAUACAUAAAGGCAGAGUUGUUAACUGCUGUAUUUCAUCUGUUCUAUAGGUAGGCCAUUUUUAUUGUCUGUUUAUAAUUUUAGUUUAAUUAUACUUUCCUUUUUCAACUUAGUUGACAUACGUGCCUUAAAAAGGAAAACUAGUGUUGCUAUUGUGCAUUUACUAGGUAAAAGGAAUUGGUUGUCUAGGGCACAUUGUUAUAUGGGAAUUACAAUAUGUUUAGGCAGGGGUGUGUAAAAAGGUUAAGUUUUUGUUUCUCCUGCUUGGAACUUAUUUUGAAUUAUUGGCUUGUCACAUUUCUUUCUAUUUAAUCAAAUAAGAUACAUGAUACUGAAAGAAUUAAAGCAGCAUUUUUUAGUUUUUACUACCUUAGGCUUUAUUGCUUUAAAAAAACAUUGGCCUUUUGUAUCUCACAAUUCUGGUCUAGAUUCAGUUAUGAAUGUAGGCAUUAGUUAAAAUUAACAAGAUGCAGAGUAUUAAUUUCUUAAGACAACAAAGUGAUUUCUGUAAGUUUGAGCCCUACGUGGAAAGCAUUGUGGAAUCUUAACCUUUUUGUACACACUCUUGUGGGACGUAUCAUAUAAAUGUCAGCACUAAGUAAUGUCUUGUUUGUGGCUGAAUAUUUUUCGUAGAUGUUUUUGAAGUUGACAUGACUUACGUGCAUUUAAAUAUAUAUUGCCAUCCUUAGUUUGUAAUUAAGAUUUGGAAUAUGGUUGUGGAUUUCUGAGCAUGUGCAGACUGGUCUAGCUAGUUCAGGAACUGGUGCAUGUAUUUUUCAAAGAUAAAGAAAGUGUACUGCGAAAAUUUGCAGGAAGAUUAAUUUUGUGGCAGUUUUCUAAAACUGACAACCAGGUGGGACCAAAGUUUAUGUGCCUUUAGUCUUAAUUUACCUUGCAUUGUAAUAUUCAGUUUUAAUAAAUCUUCAAAAUAUUUUGUAUUUAGGAAUAGAUCUGACUUUAAUAAAAACAUGGCUCAGAAUCUACAGGUCAAAUUAAUUUGAACAGUUCUUGUCAAUCUGAAUUGUUGAUUCUGUUUAAAUGACCAAUACUUUUUGAAAUUGAUGUACUUAGUUUCAAGAUUCAUAGAUUCUGUUAUCUAUGUAGACAGAAUGGUCAUGUAUAUUUUCUAUUAGUUGAGUUUUUACAUCUUUAGAAAUGUAAAAUUCAGUAUAGUUUGAAAGCGGCACAAUUAAAAAUUAAUUUUCUAACAAAGUU